AUGCGUAUGUUCACGCAGUUCUUCGGCUCAGAAGAUCCAUUCAGUGGUAUUUUCGGAAUGGGUGGUGGCCAUGGUCCGAAUAUCUUUUUCAAUAUGGGUGGCGGAGGUAUGGACGAUGGUAUGAAUGGCUUUUCGGCAUUUGGUGGCGGUAUGCCUCAUGGACAUCGAAGAUCAGCUCCCAAGCAGGAUCCUACUGUACAGCACGAGCUACAAGUUAGCCUUGAGGAUAUUUACCAAGGGUGCACGAAGAAAAUGAAAAUCACGAGGAAAGUACUGAAUGCCGACGGUCAUUCAACCAGAGUGGAGGAUAAAGUUUUAACAAUCAACAUUAAACCGGGUUGGAAAAGUGGUACCAAAAUCACUUUCCCGAAAGAAGGAGAUCAACAUCCCGGAAGAGUACCAGCCGACAUUGUUUUCGUCAUUAAGGACAAGCCACAUAAAACGUUCAAAAGGGAAGCAUGCGAUCUACGAUAUACUCAUCGUAUAGCGUUACGAGAUGCUCUCUGUGGAUGCACCGUAGAAGUUCCGACACUUAUGGGUCCACCCACGACGUUAAGGCUCGACAACAUCAAGCCGAAUACAGUAAGAAGGUGA